UAAUAGACCCCGCAAAUACUGUAAAAUGACACGAAGGUAAGGAUAAGAAAGCCUAUCUGCGUCCUCCAUGACAGACCGACCACACAUACAUACGGAGUAUUUGCUUUGCCUUUGCCUUUGCUUUGGGCAUACAUAAAUAAAUAAAUUGAGUCCGUCCGUGGCUAAGAAUUGAAAUAGAAUGGCCGGUGUGAGCCCAGUGGGCGUUUCCAUUACCACCACCACCACCACUGGCCGGUGGCGCAUGAUGAGGGAGGGUGGCGGCUUGGUGAGAAGCAGAGUAGCAGUGAUAGAAAAGAGGGGUGGGGGGGCGGCAAAGAAAAGAGGGGUGAGAGCGGCGGCGGCGGGGGUGAGGGAAGUGGUGGGCGGGGCGGCGGUGAUAGCGGCAGCGGCGGCACUGGUGGGGGCGGCGGAUGCGGCGCAGGUGAUACUGGGGGGGGAAGGCGGGGAGCUGGCGUUCAUCCCCCGGGAGCUGAGGGUGGGGGCGGGGGGAGACGAUCGAGUUCAAGAACGGGAAGGCGUUCCCGCACAACGUGGUGUUCGAGGAGGACGAGGUGCCGAGCGGGGUGGACGCUUCGAAGAUCUCGAUGAGCGAGGAGGAUCUGCUGAACGGGCCCGGGGAUACCUUCAAGGUCACCUUGACCGAGAAGGGCACUUAUUCCUACUACUGUUCGCCUCAUCAGGGAGCCGGAAUGGUUGGCAAGAUCAUCGUUGAAUGAAAUCCUACUCAGUUUGCACUCCUUCCUUCCUUGUUCUAAAUAAGUUAAUAAUUCAUGUCUCUACAUCCACAAUGGAUUGAUUAUUUUCUCAUAUCAUACAUUUAUCAAUGCAUCUCCAUCAACUUUCUUUUUCUUGGGACUGUCCCAUUCACUUUUCCCUCUAACUUUUAAGAGACAUAUCUAAAUGACCACAAAGUUGUGAUGAAGUGAUUUACACUUAUUUUGAAAAC